AUGGACGUCAGCGGGGCGACCAACCGGCUUCACCAGAUUCUUCUGACGUGGGACUACUUCCGGCUGUGGGACCGGCAAGAGCAGGGGCUGGGCGUUUAUGACAGCUUGAGGGCCGUCCCCGACACGUUCGACUCAAUCCAGGACUAUGUCGCUGUGUUUGAGCAGCUUGUGUUGGAGGAGGCGGGCGCCCUGGUGCUGAGGGGUGUGGAGGAGGGCGAGGUGCUGGAGCCACACCCCACCAUCGCGGCACGGUCGCACAAGGCUGGUCAGUUCCUGGUGGUUACAGUCUGUGUGGACGAGGAAGUGGGGCGCAGAAUAUCUGACAACGACCUGGUGAUGUUAUCCAAGGACAACCCCGAGCAGGAGUCUGCGCGGCGGCAGCUGCACGUUCUGGCCCACGUUGAGGGCCACGAGGGCCCCACCCUGCUGCGCUGCAAGACACUGGUGGACGACGCCAGCCAGGCCGGCAGCAAAGACGGCCUGGAGCGGUGA